AUGGCAACAACUAUCAAUAAACUAAAGGUUAUAACCGACUUUACAGCCUGUACACAUAAACAAACAUAUAAUAUACAAAAAUGGCAUCAACAUCAUCCAAACGUUUACAAAAAACAAAUGUCUCAACAACAAAAUGAAAACAACAACAAAACAACAAAAACAAUCAUUAUAAACAAUAAUGUUCAAAUUACACUCGAUGAAAUUACAGAUAUCAUGAAGACACCACCCAAUUGGUUCUCUGCUGCAGUUGUUGGUGAGAAUCUUUAUAAGUGGAAAGCAACUUUAUUAGGACCAGAAGGAUCACCAUUUGAAAAAGGAACAUUUGAGAUUGAUUUGGACAUUCCAAACGACUACCCAUUCAAGCCACCCGCAUUGAAAUUCACCACCAAGAUAUACCACCCAAACAUUAAAUCAGAUGGUUCAGUAUGCUCUGAACUCUUAUCACAAAGCUGGUCACCACAAUUAAAGAUUCAAGAUGUUCUUUUGACUAUUCGUUCUUUAUUGACCGAGCCAAACCCAGACGUACCACUCGAAGCUGACAUUGCUCAACAAUACAAAACCGAUCGUAACGCCUUCAACAAGAUCGCCAAAGAAUGGACCAAGAAGUAUGCCAAAUACAUCAUAAUACGUAUUAGUAGUUUGAUAUCAAAUGAAUCUAUUAUAUUCAUUGGAAUUCCGUGUGAAGUUGGUGCAACAAAAUAA